UUAGAAGGUUUUUUCCAGCUCCAGACAUAGACAAUUCUUUCACCCAUCUAGGCCAUCCUCUCAUCCUUCCCUCCAAAGACAGAUCAUCAGCUUAUGCCUUUGUUUAUGAAAAAUUCAAAUCCAAGCUCUCCACCUACAAAGCCAAUCGUCUAUCGCAUGCAGCCAGAUUAACACUCAUAAAAUCUGUGUUCUCCUCCAUUCCUGUCUACUACAUGUCCAACCUUCUUUUCUCAAAAAAAUUUCUAGCUAAAUUGACAGCGAUUAUCAGAAACUUUUGGUGGACAGGUGUUCAAGAUGAUCAAACAACUAGAAGCCUUUGCCUACGAGCAUGGGCUGAUGUUUGUAUUGAAAAAAAAAUUGGUGGUCUUGGUAUUAGAAAUUUGCAGGCAAUUAAUCAAGGACUUAUCCUCUCAACAGCGUGGAGAUUGGCUAAGGAACCACACAGCCAGCUAGCUCAGAUCCUCAAGGCUAAGUACCAUCAUGAUACAUCCAUUUGGAGAGCGAAACCAAAUAUACCUAAAUCAGCCUUCUGGUCCGCAAUUAUUAAGGUUUGGCGGGACAAACAGAUGGCACCAAGAGUCAAAACAUUUGCAUGGAGGCUACUAAGGAAAGCGCUUCCUACUGGUAAGAGGGUGAGUAGGUACUCUAAGCACAUCAAUGAAAACUGCUCUAGAUGUGGUAAUCUAGAAGAUGAAAUGCAUAUGCUAUUCUUGUGCCCUUUUUCUAAGGCAGCAUGGUACUGUUAUCCUUGGUUCAUUAAAACUGAAUUUGUUGCUCAGCAUCAUCCAUCAGUCACUGAUAUGAUUCAAACUUUACUCACUUCUCAACAUCCAGAAAUAAAUGUUAGUACACUUUACACAUUCUUGUGGUGCCUUUGGAAAGCACGAAACGAUACUCUAUUUUGCAGGAAAGCAAGCAGACCUUCUCAGAUAUAUGCAACAUCAAAUGCUAUAAUCAAGGGAAUGAAUCUAGAAGACAACAACUCCUCACAUCAGCAAGGAAACAAGAACAUACAAGAGCCAAUCCAAACGCUUCCCCCAAUUCCUCAAGCUCAGCAUGAUGAUUAUUUCACAGGGAAUGUCAUCUAUUGUGACGCGGCCUGGAAAAGACAAACAGGGCAAGACAAGACCCGAGCUGGACUUGGCGUCAUCAUACACAUGCAUGACAAUCAACACCUCCGGCAACUACAUGUUGCAGCGCUCUCUCCGCCAGCUUCCUCGCCUCUACAAGCAGAGACAUAUGGGCUGCUUCUAGCAAUAAGGCUAGCAGAUCUUCUACAGAUUCAGGAUCCUUACUAUUACACUGACAAUUCAGUGUUAGCAUCGGCGGCAGCAUCUCCAACUGUAUUCAAAGCUCCAGGACACUGGGAGAACAGGCCACAUCUUGCAGCAAUCCAGGCUUCUCCAUCAUUUUGCUGCAAAAAAAUAGCUCAUAUUAAUAGGUGUAAAAAUUUCAAAGCAGACCAUCAGGCUCGUUUAGCUCUUAGAAUUCAGAAUACUUCUUUGGCUAUUCGAUGCUUAUGCUCCGAAGCAGGUCAAUGUCCUGGCAGGGACAUCCUUUCUGUAUCUAGCGUGGAUCCUUUCACGCUUAUCUCUGUAAAAUGCACUUAAG